AUGGCGGGAAAGAUGGUAAAAAAUAAUACAGGAUCUUUUUGCGUGUUUAUCUUAGCUGAAGUUAAUAUUCAGGAAGAAGACAAAGAGUUCAUAACAAGAAGAUCUGUUCCCAAACGUUCGAGAGAGAAACGAUACCAUUGUACUUCAUGCGAAUAUAAAUCUCCUUAUUCUGGAAGGUUGAAGUGCCACAUGUGUAUCAUUCAUUCAAAUGAAAAACCAUAUAUUUGUAAUCUUUGCAAAUACCGAACUGCCAAUCUUUGGGUUUAUCAAUUACCAAAGAACCAUCGUUUGCUCUGCAUCCGGUGGUAUGGGCGAAGAAGGGCUUUCUUCCUUUAUUAGCAACCUGGAAGAAUUCUCAACUAUUUUUGGAGAUGAAGACCUCUUCUAUCUCCUGUAGACUCUUAUUCUCCCAUCAUCUUUUCUUUCUCCUAUGGACAUUCCUCUCGCGCCUCGUCACAGUACAUUGUCACGCCUUGAGUACAUGGUUGAUCUGAGAGCUUGUAAUGGAUCUGUUCCGUUUGAAUUUCCUCCAUUUUUCUAGAUGCACUAACUUGUGCAGGAAACUGGUUCUUCCCAUGACCAAACCUUUAGAGGCUGCGAAGUUCGCUACCCUUUCUCCAUUGACAUUGGAUUUCUCAUGAAGGCUUUCUUUCUUUGGUAGGCCUGAAGGCUUUCUUUUUUCCAUUUUGAGUUUUAUAGUCUCUAAUCACUAUUUUCAUAUCAUGGGCAGGGCAGUCAUCAAAACAUUUCUCCAGUUCCUCAUAGAAUUUGUCUUUCAUUUCAUCAUCAGAGACUUCUGUAGGCGUGUAUACACAGAUGAUGCUGACGUAAAACUUUCCCUUGAUUCGUAAAACACAGAGUCUGAGGUUGAUAGGCUUGAAAUCUAUAACUAGCUGGGUCACUCUUUUUCCCACAAUGAAUCCAGUUCCAAACGAGUGUAAUCGGUCAUGACAACUAUAAUAAAUGGUGUGCUGGUCUUUCUUAAGGCUGCCUUGUCCAGUCCACCUGAUCUCUUGGAUGGCCGCUAUGUCUAUUGAAUAUGUGUUUAAGAUGUUUAGGAGCAUUUGUGUAGCUCCGAGUCUAUGUAGAUUUAAAGCGUUCCAUGAAGCCAAAGCGUUGUCCAAUUGACGAGCAUUGUGUUGUUUCCUGUUUAUCGGUCCGGCUAAUCUUUUCGGAGCAUUCAUAAUAUAAAUAAUUUAAAGGGAAUGGGUUAUUGGCCCACUGACCCCGAGUCAGGUGGAGGGGCUGCCUCCUCAGAGCGUCCUGACUUGCUCCCCCAUCCGGCUUCGUAGGGAAGGUGAUCCUAGGGGGUGUUCUGUUAGUUAGUGACCUUGUUGAAUACGAACAGCUUACCAUUUUGAUGCCGGCUUAAUACAUCUCUUUGUUACCUGAGGGCACCCCUGGGGGAAUCUGUUGUCUCUGAAUAUCUGUGUUGGUAUCGGCUGAGUGCACUGUCGUUCAUACAGAUUAAGUGUUAUCUUUUAGAUCUUUUGAUCUGCCCUCAUCACUCACCCUAACAAGGGAAUUUUAAACUAUUUUUGCACAAACAAUGCAUUAACUAACAUGAUAAAAUCUUGAUUAAACAUAAAUAACAGGAAAUAAGAAAAGACCAGACCCGAUUUAUGUUCAUCCGCAGCUCUUUGGAAACCAGUUUUAGAUUGGUUUCUAGAUCUUGUUUCAAUUCAAUCGAACAUUUUAUUCAAGCAUUAAAU